GGUUACAGAAAAAAAAAAAAAAACGAAAGAGAAGAUUGAUGCAUGGUUUGUCAGUGUUGGUGCCUGUGUGACUGCAUAGCGUAGGAGGGAAGGACUGUAGUGCUAUUUAAAAUGGCUGCUUUUAAUGUCUUUUUUUUAGGUGGGGGGAGACUUUGUAGAAACUGAAAGGCGUCAACAACACGUGAGGCGUUAUCAACUGUAAAACAUCGGCGCAAUUAAAAUGAGAGGGGCGGGGUGUGGAGAGGGUGCACGAGGGGAGUGUUUCCCCCUGUUUCAAUUAUUUCUAGUCACCCUACCUGAGUGUGCUCCUCAGUGCAGCUCGUGCAGCCUCUACAUGGCAGAACAGGAGCAGGUCUGACCCACAAUUUCAGAGCCUGGAAGUGUGAAUGUGGGUUAUACCUCGCUGCUAAGCAUGCACUUCUCAUGUGCUUUUAAUCUCAUUGGUUUUCUUGCAUGCUGAUUUGAUUAUGAUCAGGGCAACACACUCACACACACUCACACACACAGAGACACGCAGACACACACAGGCUUUAAAAGGCUGAAGCGCUGCUCUGGUCGCCCCAUGUGCUCCAGUGCACUGUAGUAUAUUACCCUCGCUUUUCUUUAAAUGUGUCUGAAACGAGGCUUUGAAACAGUCCGGAUUAACUGAUGUAUCGCGUUUCUAAAAACAAACCGCCUCUGAAUCAUUCAUUAAUUCACAUUUGGCUAUUACAGUGCGGGUUUGUGUUUUAUGGGCAGCACGGCUCCGUCCUGUGUGGUAGGAAAGAGUUAAUAACGAUGGGCUAAACGUGAUGAGUGAGGGGACUCUGUGAGAGACGCCCGGCCAAUCGGCGUCGAGAUUAACACCUCGCCGGGCUGUGAUUGGCCAGUAGCGUUGUCGUUGUCGUCCGGAGCUCAAGACCCACGUGGGGGCGCGGACUCCGACUCGAUCUGUGAUUGGCUGACAGCUCGCAGGCAGGACCCGCCGGAGCAGAGUACCGCUGCGCUAUUGGCCAAUCCUCAGCAAUCAACCCCUCCCCUCCUCCUCCCCUCCAUCGCCCUCGCUCUCCCCCCUCCUCCCCCGCCCCUCCCCGCCUUGUUUUUCCAUCCGCGAGGAAAGGAAAUAUCCCUCUCGCGAGCUCCAUGGGCUCGCGCGGGCAGCCGCUGCACAUCUAUCAGGAGGCGCGCGAACUCACGGCAGACAGCGAUCCUCUGAACGGACCGGAGAGCGGCGGAAACACGGUCCAGCUGCUCGGUGUGGCCGGUUCUGACCGAGGAGGUUCCCUGCCACUCCGCUUUACCGGCAGUUUCACCGAGACGCUGCUGCUGCUGCUGUCUGCCUCCCGGUUUGCUCGGUUUCUCGUCAGAGCGUCCGCUGCUUCCCUCCGCCGCCGAGCUGGACUCAGACUGACAGUGUUCAUGUGUGCUGCUCUGCAGUGACAGCAGCGUUAACCUUUAAUGAAUUAAUUAUAUUAGCCUGCUAAAGAUUAACAGGAGGGGGGCUUUAAUCAACUUUGGUGUGUGAGUGUAGCCUCUGGCCCUAUCUAUCUAUCUGUCUGUCUGUCUGUCUGUCUGUCUAUCUAUCUGUCUAUCUAUCUAUCUAUCUAUCUAUCUGUCUGUCUGUCUGUCUGUCUGUCUGUCUGUCUGUCUGUCUAUCUAUCUAUCUAUCUAUCUAUCUAUCUAUCUAUCUAUCUAUCUAUCUAUCUAUCUAUCUAUCUAUCUAUCUAUCUAUCUAUCUGUCUGUCAAAAAUGCAUGGACUCAUUAAUAUGUGCACUGCUAAUUAAGGAACAUUAAGGAUACAGCUGCAUUUUAAAACCAGUAAAGGUUUUGUAUUUUAAUCUGUGUGUUCAGAUGAUUCCACUCCAGACAGCUGUGGACUCCACAUACAUGUUGUACUACUACUUUAGUGUCCCCUUGCAGGUUGCGUUCCAUAAAUGUGCAGUAGAUUUGCGUUUACACAUUCCACGCAUGCACACCACUGCACUCACAGCAUAUAGUGGACAUGUGGACACACAUUUUACACCGCGCACCCACUUCCACAGAGGGGUCUCACGACUUGCAUACGACAUACAAUUUACCUUACAGGGACCCCAGUAGACUCACAGAUACUUCAAGUACAACGCUGGCCUUACGCCCUGUUUUCCACACAGCUUUUUACAUUCAAAAGUCUGUAUGAUACACAAACUCUACCUUGUAGUGUCAUGCAUGUCUUUAAUUCUGGGUAUAAACUCCAUCACAGCCAUGACAAAGGUUCAUUUUAUCAGGUUUUACCGUUGAGUUUUACGGAAUAUGUGCAUAAAGCAUUACCAUGACAAAACUAGGACUCAUGAUUGAUGGUGGGAAAUGAGGUUAAGGUUAAUCUGAGUAUAUAUAGCAGGGUUCCUUAAAAAGUCUUAAAAUGCAUUGAAUUCAUGAAUCUAAAAACAAGGCCUUAAUUGGCAUUAAAAUGUCUUAAAUCAAUCUUUCAAACGUCUUAAAAAUAUUGACACGUGAUAAGUAUGAUUUUAUGAUUGUAAUUAGUCUCAAAUCUCAAAAUAAAUGGUAACAUUUAUUAAUUUAAAUAAUUUACAGAAUGACUCGUGGUAACAUCGCGCAAUCACGAUAGCGGAAUCAACAAAACAGUGAUGUAGUUGCAGCCGGGACUCUAAGAGCAGACGCACGUCGUUCAUGUAGCAACUUGGGAACACAUGGGAAAGUGUAAAUUCAACGAAAAUUGGCUGUCCAACCAAGAUUUAUCUUCACGACUGAAAGCGGUACCAAGCGAUGUGUACGAGGCGCGGUGUAUUUUGUGCAAGAAAUGUUUCAAACUCGGCACGAUGGGAGUCAAGGCCGCGUCUCCACCGUGUCUCCAUCCCCAGCCCCGAUAGCAACAACCGGGACCGCAGCACCGCAUCUCCGGCUAUGUUCGGGUGGACGCCUACACUGAAAGCACAGGUACUGUGGUCUCUGAACUCCGUGACAAAACACCAAUCAUACCAGUCAAAUGAGGGAGUUGGACACUUAUUCCGUGUUGUGUUCACAGACUCUGACAUUGUCCACUCGUUUGCGUGUGGUUCCGACCAGACGGCCUACAUCAGCAGGUUUGGAUUAGCCCCGUACAUUUCAGAGCAGCUUGUUGCGGAUGCUAACAAGGUCGCGUUUGUUUUAAUGUUUGGUGAGAGCCUCAACCAGACCACGAAAACAAAACAACUGGAUCUGCAUAUCCGCUGCUGGUGCGAAGAUCACGUCCAGUCAAGAUAUUCGGGGUCGCAGUUGAUGGGACAUGGAACAGCUGAGGAUUUACUACGCCAUUUCAAAGAAGGUGCCAAGGACCUGGAUAGGCGUAAGCUGUUGUCCAUCUCCAUGGAUGGACCAAACGUUAAUUGGAAGUUCCUGGAGCUACUGCAGCAAGAACACACUGCAACUGAAGGAAUUUUGCCUGGAGGUGUGGUCAAAGAAAAAAAAACUUUUGUUUGACCAAAAAGUCAUGUUUUAUGUUAAAAUAAACAUUUGGGUAAAAUUGUCCCUAACCCUAUGUAAUUGAUGUGGUGUUUUUUUUUUUUCCAUUUGUGUUUAUUGUGAAGUUGGUCUUAAAUUUAAUUUCAAAUGGCAAUGAAAAAGUC